CCCAUGGACAGAGCAGACGCUGGGCUGAAGUUAUCACCCAAGGGGGAGCAUUGUGUCUAGUCUUCAACUAAUCUAACUAACCUGCCAAAAAAAUAUGCAAAACAGUAAAGCAGCUGCAGGAGGGCCACCACAGCAUGGACAGAGGAUGCUUUUUACAGGCCCAGAUGGAAUUGGAGACUACAGGCCGAGAUCAAAUUAUUUCCCCCGGUACAUCGGUGUGGGUGCCUCAUCACCUGAGGCCACAGGUGACCUCAGUUACUUUUGCCAAGCCACACCCCAUACCCCCCCUCCCAUGCCCAAGCAGGGCCAUGUGGGGGAGGUUGGCUGGGGCUGGCAGUAUAACCAGCUGUUGAACAGUGGGACGCUGCUCAGCAACAUGCAAAUUAAGAAAACUGAGUUACGGACGGCGUUGGAGGACAGAGUGACUCACAGGUUCCAGAACCAACAGUACGGCCGCGGUUGUAAUCCUCACGUUGAGUCCCUCAGAAUCAUGUUACAUGCGUGUGCUGUGUCAAAUGGAUGA